AUGAGUCACAACGAAGGAAUGUUUGCUGGCGCAGGUCAUACAGCCCAGGGGAUGUCCGACAAGACUGGCGAGAUGUUGAGCGAUGCUGGAAGUGCAGUGAAGGAUACCCUUGCAUCUGGUUAUGAGAAGGUCAAAGAUACGGCAGCUUCUGCUUACGAAACGGUUGCCGGUAGCGCCAGGGAGAAUUAUGACGCAGCUGGUAGGCAGAUGGAACGGGGCAAGGAGUGCGCGGGAAAUAAGGCUAACGAAGCCCGCGACUAUAUGGGCCAGAAAAUGCACGAGGGAGGCAACAAGAUGUCCAGUUAA